AUGGAUAUCAUAUGCCUGAAACCCUUGAAAUCUGACAUAUCAUCUAUUGUUACAGAAAUUGAAAAAGAAAGUUGUGGUGAUCCUGGUACACCCUUAUAUGGAAUUAGGGAAGGUGAUGGAUUUUCUAACCGUGAUGUUUUAAGGUUCGAAUGCCAGUUUGGAUUUGAAUUAAUUGGAGAGAAAUCCAUUGUUUGUCAAGAGAAUAACCAAUGGUCUGCAAACAUACCCAUCUGUAUCUUUCCUUGCCUCUCUAACUUUACUGCACCAAUGGGAACAGUCCUUUCUCCUGAUUAUCCAGAAGGGUAUGGAAAUAAUUUAAAUUGCAUCUGGACAAUAAUCUCUGAUCCAGGAAGUCGAAUACACCUUUCUUUCAAUGACUUUGAUCUGGAAUCCCAGUUUGACUUCCUUGCUAUUAAAGACGGGGACUCUCCAGACUCCCCAAUUCUUGGAACCUUUACUGGGGCUGAAGUGCCUUCUCAUCUUACUAGCAAUAGUCAUAUACUACGGUUGGAAUUUCAAGCUGACCACUCAAUGUCAGGACGUGGCUUUAACAUCACUUACAACACAUUUGGACAUAAUGAGUGUCCUGAUCCUGGAAUACCGAUCAAUGCAAGGAGAUUUGGGGACAACUUUCAAUUAGGAAGUUCGAUUUCAGUUAUUUGUGAAGAAGGAUUUAUUAAAACCCAGGGAACAGAAACAAUUACAUGUAUACUUAUGGAUGGAAAAGUGAUGUGGAGUGGCCCAAUUCCAAGAUGUGGAGCUCCGUGUGGUGGCCAUUUUUCAGCUCCCAGUGGAUUGAUUCUGUCACCAGGAUGGCCUGGAUACUAUAAAGACUCUCUGAAUUGUGAAUGGGUGAUUGAAGCUGAACCAGGACACUCUAUCAAAAUUACAUUUGAAAGGUUUCUUAAAAUACUUUUCUACUUAAAAAACAUUAUCUAA